AUGGAAACUGCGUUACGCUCCGGGCGGCCGGAGGAGAAAAACAAGAGCGCGAGGACUCGUUCCAGCCUCUUCAUUUCAGCACCACGCGAGCUCCUGGACAGCGCCCGGAUGAGCUCGCGCACAGACUCCAGCCUCGCAUGCCUCUCAACGUGGGGACGGAGCCGCAUCAGCACCGAGAGAGACGGACCCACGUGCAGCGGACCUGAAGCUCGGAGGACGCUCGAGGGCAGCAGCAUGUCUGAAACUAAAUCCAAUCAGCGGUUCCACAGUCUGAACGCUGAGCAGGUGGAGGUCCUACACCAGGUUUUGUCAGAGGCGGUCCCAAUCCACGGCCGCGGGAACUUCCCCACGUUGGAGCUGCGUCCUCGAGACAUCAUCAUAGCUGUGCGGGCGAGGCUGCAGCAGCAGGGAAUCGCAGUGCGAGAUGUCCGUCUGAACGGCUCCACCGCCAGCCACGUUCUCGUCCGAGACAACGGAACGAGCUACAAGGACCUGGACAUCAUCUUUGGAGUGGAGCUGCCGAGUCAGGAGGAGUUCCAGGUGAUCAAGGAGUCAGUGCUGGGCUGCUUGCUGGACUGCCUACCUGCUGGGGUCAACAGGGAGCGGAUCAGCAGUGCCACAAUGAAGGAGGCCUACGUCCAGAAAAUGGUCAAGGUCUUCAACGAGCACGACCGCUGGAGCCUCAUCUCCCUCUCAAACAACAGUGGCAAAAACCUGGAGCUCAAAUUUGUGAGCACGCUGAGGCGGCAGUUCGAGUUUAGCGUUGACUCCUUCCAGAUCAUUCUGGAUCGUCUCCUGGAGUCCUACAUGCAGCAGGAGUCACAGCACAAACAGAACACUGUCCUGGCAGAGAGCAUGUACGGUGACUUUGAGGCGGCCAUGGACCACCUGCGCUACCGUCUAAUCGCCACCAGGAACCCCGAGGAGAUCCGAGGCGGUGGCCUGCUGAAAUACAGCAACCUGUUGGUCAGGGACUAUCGACCAGCCAGCGAGACUCAGAUAAAGACACUGGAGCGCUACAUGUGCUCGCGCUUUUUCAUCGAUUUCCCUGACGUGCAGGAGCAGCAGAGGAAGAUCCUGUCCUACUUGAAGAACCACUUUAUCGGCGAGGAGAGGAGCAAGUACCAGUACCUGAUGACGCUGCGUCGCGUGGUGGAUGACAGCACCGUGUGUCUGAUGGGGCACGAGCGGCGUCAGACCCUGAACAUGAUCACGGUGCUGGCCCUGAAGGUUCUGGGAGAGCAGAACAUUAUCCCCAACACAGACCAUGUGACGUGCUUCUACCAGCCCGCCCCGUACCUGGCUGAUCACAGUUCCCCCUAUUUAGCAGAACCCAGCUACUGCAGCUACUACAUCCCCCAGGGGGGAUCAACCCUGCUCUACCAACCAUGCGUUUGGACCCAAAUGACGCACGGCCGACGCAACACAGCGGCCUCAACGACGUGUAAAUGUGAGGGGAGUAUGGCGUGGCGAGGUGUGAGACUGAAACGGGAGACGGGGGAGGAGGAGGGGGCCUGA